AUGGCAGUCGGGCAUCUGACCUUGCUGUCCACGUCAGCGCCCGUGAGCCUAGAGGGACGCAAGGAUAGCGCGCGGGAACAUUACAUGGACCUUGAUGCCAUCCGGGCUGUGCGUCCAAUCCCACCCAUCCCCGAGGAGCUCCCAUGGCCGCGCUUCCUUCGGGCGCCGAGGCGGUUCCGUUCCUCAAGAGGCUCCUUUUGUAGUGAUUCCUCCGACGGACUCUCCGAUGAUUUCCAGAUUCGUCUGGGUCCAUGCACCAUACCGGGAAAAUUGGAGAAACUGCGCCUGAGUCGUUCGGCCAUAUCCUCCGCAGCAAGCUGUGAGAGCUACAGGUCGUGUAUAAGACUCAGCGACUACAUUCGGAUCAAGUCUGUAGCUCCAGAUGGACCUGAACUCUCCUUCGGGAGCGCUUUGCACGUGGGUGACGGUACCAACGCUCUGUGCUUGGUUUGCAGCUACCACAAGCCUCCAGCACGUUCCUGCAAAAAUGGUGCGUUUUGUGACUUCUGCCACUUGCAUGAUGGCCGGCGGAACAGUCGUCGUCGACGCAGGGAGGCAGCUGGCUUGGCUGCUGGGCGAAUGAGCUGGGCAGAUACGGAAAUCCAGGUGCUUCAGGCCAUCCAGUUGUAG